UCCUCUCCUCCUCUCCUCCUCUCGUCUCCGGUACAAGCGGCUGGUCCCGGUAGUAACAUGGUGCGAGGAUCAGGGCGGCACUGAGCCACUGCAUAAAGACACAACGACAACAACAACAACAACAACAAUAAUAAUAAUUUUUUAAAAAUCCAAGCUUACACGCCGAGGAGGAAUCCAGCCGUAUUCGGACGCGCAGGUCUGACCCUGGGGUUGUGCACACACACAGACUCGUCACCAUGGGAAAGCAGAACAGCAAACUCAGGCCAGAGAUGCUGCAGGACCUGAGGGAGAACACUGAGUUUUCAGACCAUGAGCUACAGGAGUGGUACAAGGGCUUCCUUAAAGACUGCCCAAGUGGCCAUCUAAACGUGGAGGAGUUCAAAAAGAUAUAUGCCAACUUCUUUCCAUACGGUGAUGCCUCCAAGUUCGCAGAACACGUUUUUCGCACAUUCGACACCAACAAUGAUGGCACAAUCGACUUCCGGGAGUUCAUCAUCGCUCUGAGCGUGACCUCACGGGGAAAGCUGGAUCAGAAGCUGAAAUGGGCCUUCAGCAUGUACGACCUGGAUGGCAACGGGUACAUCAGUCGUGAGGAAAUGCUCGAGAUUGUGCAGGCCAUCUAUAAAAUGGUGUCCUCUGUGAUGAAGAUGCCUGAAGAUGAGUCCACACCAGAGAAGAGGACAGACAAGAUCUUUAGACAAAUGGACUUGAACAAUGAUGGUAAGCUCUCCUUGGAGGAGUUCAUAAAAGGUGCCAAGAGCGAUCCAUCUAUCGUGCGACUGCUGCAGUGUGACCCCAGCAGUGCCUCUCAGUUUUGAGUUCUUUUACAAACAGCGCUCCGUGCAUGAAGGUUCUCGUCUUUCAUUGUUAUUUGUGUUCCAGAUGGAAGAGUUUUAAGAGGAAAAAAAAAGAAAAGAAAAAGUGCAUCCAUUUUAUUUUUAGUUCAUUUGAGAAGGGACACACUUACAUCUGAAGAACAAAGACAACACCCGCGAAGACGUCUUCUGUCUGCUGCGCUUCGUCUGUCCGUGUCUCCGAGGCCCGUGGAGCACUCAGCUAGCCACCACACUCCAGGCUCGUGGUUACAGGAAGGACCAUUCCCUGGAUAUUGUGCAUGCACUCCCACUCCUCCCUGUCCUUUGCUCUCACUCCUCCCAGCGUCCUGUUUUUAUUUUCUUUUUGAUUUUGUGUAGAUGUGUGUAUGUGUAUAUGUAUGUGUGUAUAUAUAUAUAUAUAUAUACAUACACACGGUAUAAACACGUAUAAAACAUAUUAGGAGGCUAGUGUAGAUGCCUUUUUACGCAGACAGUAUUAUGUAGCUCAUGUAAGAAUCCAAGUCCGUAAAAACAAACUCCAGUAGACACAGUGGACUGAAGCACUGGAUGUUAGGAUUUGUUCGCUUAUGCCUUUUUAUUCACUACAAGACGGCUGCAGAUCUCAUGGUUUUUGCUUGAUUUGUACUUUGGUUUUGUACAUAUGUAUUGUUUCCUCAAAUUAAUUUAUUCUGAUUUUUUUUUUUUUCUUUUUUUUUGCAUGUGAUUUAUCACAUUGUGAAAUCUUGAUUUCAUCCCUGUGAAAUCAUCAGUGUCGUCUUAGUCUUCUGGUCUGCAGCAGUAAACCACUGGUGAUCUUACUUUAUAGCAAGAUUGUUUUUAACCGGUGAUCCGAGGUCCUUGUGGCGUCAUUGUCACGAGUUCGAAGAAAUAUUACAUGACAGAAGUACGAUAAGAUUUUAAUCUGCCAUCCAGACCCGAAUCUUUAUUUUACUAAGGUCAUGAUUUGCAUCAGGGGAAACAUUCCAUGGUGUUUGGAGUUUCCGACGCUUGUAGCACAUGCGAUUCGAGGCUUUCCGUGCGCGCGCGCGUGUGUGUGAGAAUGUGAGUGUGAUGUGCGCAUGAUUCCUGUGCAUGUGUGUGUGCUAAAUUUAUAUUAUUACUUCGUGUCGUAAAAUACGGUAUGUUUUUGAGGUAAUACUGUGCUUUUGAACCACAACCAAGUGGCAAAUUCCCCCUACCUUCUGUACAUCUUAGAUUUAAUUUCACUACUAUGUACAUCCCAUCUGAAAUCUAAAAAUAUCCUAAAAACAAUUGCAACUGCAAUUAAUUAACUACACAUGAAGUCUAUCCUUUUAAAGAUUUGUUGCCAACACGUUUGUAUUCACUGCUGGAUAUUUCAAUUUGCUGAAGAUACUACUAACUCAGACACUUUCGUUUUCUUUAUCUUUCUUUCCCUUUCAAUUCAACCCCUUCCAAUAUAUUUUGUGCCCAUCUUUGUGCACAGAUUUUUUACUACAAUAUAUAAUAUACAUCAAACAUGGCAGAAAAGUAUCUCUUAAAAAUAUAUGUUUUUUCUUAAUAAAAAACGGAGAGGUUAUCACAGUGAGCGAAAGCUCUAAGGGCUUACUUCCACUCUUAAUUUAAGGGGUAUAAGAAAAGAUCACUACUUUUAUUCCUCUACUUGGUGUCACAACAUCUGAGCAGAGAAGAAUUCCCCUCCUCCCCCCUCUCGGCAACAUUUCAAUCCGCCUCCUAUGUUUUCGCGUAUGGUGAUGGAGCUUCGGUUGCUCAUCUUACUUCACUCCCAGCUUUUGUCUAGCGCUUCAACGCGUUGCUUCCAAACUUUGCACUGAGACUGCGUACAUGCCUCGGGAUCCUUAUUGCAAUUUCUCUUUUAUGUUGCAUGAAAACUCAUGUGAAGACACCAUGAUUGUUCCCUUGCCCUUUGCUGAAAUUGAUGACAAAUAUACAUACGUGUUUAAAA